UUCCACGCCGAUCUCUAACGCGGAUUUUGAUCGCCAUGAAAUUCGUGUUCUCAAAAUCAUCGAGCGACGUCUCUCACGCCUUUCUUUUUACACUUGUCACUUUCACCCAGUGAACUUUAUAAUUUCACCAGUACUUUUAAGCCCCAAUUUUCAUGUUUUAUCGUAACAAACUCAUCGAAUAGUGUGCUAUUUUAAUUUUUAUUGAAUCUAUUUAUGUGUUUUAACAUUUAUGUUUAUUUAGAACACUCACAUAGACAUUACCACCCUUUAGUGACACAGCUCAGCGAUGACUUAAAAAUCAUAUGAAUUAUUUGUACGUCCGUCCGCAAUUCUUCAUUAUUGAAUUUUGUAUUAUUUUCUCGUGACUGCGUUGUUUUCUGAAUCGAAUGACUUUCAAAAAAUCAUAUUUUACUACCACUUUUCACUAUAUAAAAAUUACUUAAAGAAGUAUUGAUUGUCUUCGUCUACAAAAUUUUGAUUUUCAUCAACUACAGUGUUGCAUUGAGCAGUGCGACACUCAAAAUCAGGUGUAGUGGUGAAAUUUUUAGGGAGAAGCUCUAAAAGCAACGCCAAACAAUGAGUGGGGUGAAAUAUUUGGAUUGGUUUGACUGGUGCGUGUUCGGAGGGAUGCUGCUCCUGUCCUCGGCGAUCGGGGUCUAUUUCGCCUUUUUCAGCAAGAAGAAACAAGACACAACCUCAGAAUAUUUGAUGGGUGGGAGAACGAUGCCAAUUUUCCCAAUCUCAAUGUCUCUCAUUGCCAGUUAUAUUUCGGGAAUCACGCUACUUGGCACACCGGCUGAGAUCUACGUCUACGGGUCUCAAGCGUACAUGGGCGUCAUUUCUGACAUCCUCACAAACAUCACAAUCGUUAUAGUUUACCUUCCAGUGUUCUUCAAGCUUCAAGUCACCUCCUCGUAUGAGUAUUUGAAUAGAAGAUUCGGGCCGGCUGUUCGACUUUUUGGAACCUGCCUCUUCUUGAUAAAAAUGAUGCUGUACAUUCCGAUUGUGGUGUAUGUUCCCGCGUUGGCGUUCAGUCAAGUAACUGGCAUUAAUCUCCAUCUAAUUUCACCGAUCGUUUGCUCCGUCUGCAUUUUCUACACAAGUUUGGGUGGAUUGAAGGCGGUGGUUUGGGCAGAUACUUUGCAAAUGUUCCUCAUGAUGGGAGGGAUCGUCGUAGUCUUGAUCAUUGGUAUCGUCAAAGUGGGUGGAUUAGGAAUAGUUUACGACAGAGCAGUCGAAACUUCACGCGCUGAAUUUUUCAACACAGAUUUAGACCCAACAGUUCGACACACAUUGUGGAACAUGUUACUCGGGAACUAUGUUUAUCACGUGGCCACAAUGGCUGUCAAUCAAUGUAUGGUUCAACGCUGUCUCUCUGUCUCCUCAAUUCGCCACGCUAAAUGGGCAAUGUUCAUCCUGACAGCUGGCAUUUUUUGUAUCGUGACACUCUGCACUCUCACUGGCUUCGUCAUGCACGCCUAUUUCUUUGAUUGUGAUCCCAUUAAGUCUAAGAAAAUCAGUAAAGCUGACCAGCUGUUGCCGUAUUUUGUCAUGGAGACCUCAACAAUAAUGCCAGGACUGCCGGGAAUAUUCUUAUCUGGAGUUUUUAGUGCAGCUUUAAGCACAAUGUCUACAGGAUUGAACAGUAUGACAGGAGUAAUAUUCGAGGACAUGAUUGAACCGUGGACGGGGGGCCUAUCUGAGCGAGCCACGGGUCGCGUCCUCAAAUUAGUCGUUGUCCUCAUCGGAAUCCUGUGCGUCUCUAUGGUCUUCGUCGUUGAGCAACUGGGAACUCUUUUCCAAAUGACCAAAAGUCUCCUCGGAAUCACGAAUGGACCCCUUCUGGGUCUCUUCACUCUCGGAAUGUUCUUCCCAUCCGCAAACGCUUUUGGUGCUCUGGUAGGUGGAAUUACGGCGCUAUGUACCAUGGGUUGGAUCUCACUUGGCGCUCAGUCGGUCAUUUCCAAAGGUCUCAUCAAGUUUCCAACAAAAUCUGUGAACGUGUCAGGUUGCAAGGAGCCUCUCGAUCAUCUGUUUACGCCCACAGCUCCUUCGAUUUUGACGCUUGAAAGCAACCUUGAGGUGGCAAUGGAGCCAUUGUACAUGUUUAGGAUUUCUUACAUGUGGUACGGUUUGAUAGGACUAUUCAUAACUAUCAGCGUGGGUCUACUCGUCAGUAACUUGAGACCUGAUUCGAAGAAAGUUGACAGGGAUCUACUGUCACCUGUUAUCUACAGGUUCCUCGCUGAAGACAAGUCUAGCUCUGGGAUACAGAGCGCCAUUAGUCCGGAGGGCGUAGAACUGAUAGCCGUCGAUUCAAAAUUGAAAAAAGGUGGCGAAAAAUGCAGUUGAUGGAGCAUGUAUGUAAUCAUUUCUCGACGAUCUCACACAACUUAAUGAAACGCAGUCAGAAUAGUGUAAAAUAAAAAUGAACAAUAAACUGAAAUAACGAAUA